ACUACAUAAUAAUAGUAAACCGCUUCAACUAGAAUACGAAUUGCCUAGUGAGUUUAUUACGAAACGCUUCUCGGAAUGAUUGACCCCAAAAUGUCCGAGCUGAGACAUUCUCUGAGACGAAUUGCGCAAUUCUUUACGUGCCUCUUCUUUUUUGUUAUUGGGUAAUCACGCCGAGUUGCGCGCAGGAUGACCCCGCAUAUUGGUAAGCAGUCUCCGUCGAUGCCGGUAGAAACCUUAGGUCCGUAGAUAUAAGUUGAAGUCGUGAGGUCGGAGCAAUUAUAUUUUAUUCAAAGUAUCAUAUCUACAGUCUACUACUUAGUCUACCUAGCUUAGUCUACUCCUCUAAACCCCCUUAAGAAGAUGGCCACACCAAAGAUUAAGUUGUAUACGAACCAUCGUUGCCCAUGGGCUCACCGAGCGCAUAUCUCUCUUGCUGAGCUCGGGCUGCCGUUCGAAGAGGAGAUCAUUGACUUGAGCACCCCCCGCACUGCCGAGUAUUUAAAGAUCAACCCUCGGGGUUUAGUUCCGACUAUCGAGUAUAACGGAGAGAUCCUCACCGAGUCGGGUAUUAUCUCCGACUUCUUGGCCGACGCUCACCCUUCUCAUCUUAUCCCGGUUUCGAAUGCCCCUGGUGGAGCCUUGCAACGUGCUAGAAUCGCCUUCUUCGUCGAUACUUUCAUCUCAAAGGUGAACAGUAACUUCUUCAAGGCCUCGUUCGCCAAGACCGACGAUGAAAUAGAGGGCUUUGUCAAAGAGUACGUCGAUGCAGUCGUGAAGGAACUCGAGCCCCUCCUCGCCAAUGCCGCACCUUUUUUCAACGGCAGCGACAAGCUUACGCAAGCCGAGGUUUUGACGGGGAGCUUCAUCAUACGACUUUUCACACUACCAAAGCAUGGCAUCCUGCCUGCGCACAUACUCACCGAUAUCUCGACCAAGGCCCCUAACUUCUACAAAUGGGGAGAAGCUGUUUCCAAGCAUCCUAGCGUGACAGGAAUAUACAACGAAGAAGACAUCGCAAAGAGUACGAAGGAGAGACUAGCUAAGCUACGAGCAGCUUGAGCGUAAUCGUUGCAGCGCAACUUCUUAGUAAAAACGUAUAAUUUAGCAUCCGACGAUAGGACCUAUCCUCUAGUUUAUAUUUUACAUACCACAAGACUCCGCUUGCUUGCUUAUAUUCUGGCAUUUGGUCUCUUCCUAACACUGGUGAACUACCAUGUAAUACUAAACACUGGUGCGAACUAUAAAGCACGUCUAUAUUAUAGGAAGGUAGGGUGAUGCCUUAUCAGAGAUAUUUGAGGCUUUGCUGGUCUAGUUGCCUUAGUUGUCUGGGCGAAUCUUCAGGGAGACCGCCGUCUAGCACUGUAAGUGAGCCGGGGCUCUUAUAACAUAUAUAGGUAACUGGGUACUCAACAUGUAUAUUCGUAGAAAACUUUGGUAAAACGCAUUGCAAUCUAUAAAUGUUAAAGCUCAGAUACUUUAUAGACUAGCGGUGCUUUUAUUUUCGAUGCCCGACCACCUUUACGUUAGGUAGACAGUUAAGCCAUACGGAAGUCUAUUGCGGACACGGCGUAACGUGGUAAAUCAUCUAGCUUGCUAAAUUUAUAUUUCGGACGUUAUGUAGCGGAGCAGCACGAGCCCCACGGAGCUGAGAGUAAGAAAGGGUUGAAUAUCGAUAAAAACUGCAUAUGUGUCCGAUCCAUCAUUCGAUCUUUUAUAUAUCUAUCUACAUAGGUAUAUAUAGAUAUAUAUUUCUUACU